AUGGGGUUGGAUGGCAUGUAUGAGAAGAGCAGAAUGCUGAAUAUACAAAACAGCACAUGGAGUAGUCGUCAGGAGUGGUACCAAGACAGUUUGGUGACAGGACAUCUCAACCCUGGUAUGAAAUCCCCCUACAACUGUCAGCAGCUAGGAAGUAGCUUGGAUUCUGAGCACCCCCAAGGUGGUAGCAACCAAGAUCUGGAUGACUCCCAAAUCCAUUUGCAGCUGAAGCGCAAAUUGCAAAGAAACAGAACGUCUUUUACGCAGGAGCAAAUAGAGGCACUGGAGAAAGAAUUUGAGCGUACUCAUUACCCUGAUGUCUUUGCCCGUGAACGCUUGGCAGCAAAAAUUGAUCUGCCCGAAGCCCGGAUCCAGGUCUGGUUCUCCAACCGUCGAGCUAAAUGGCGUCGGGAAGAGAAACUGCGGAACCAGAGGCGUCAAGCAGGUGGCACUGGGGGGCACCUGAUCAUAAACAGCACUUUUGGCACUGUAGGCAGUGGUGUCUACCAGUCACUCCCCCAGUCUUUAGGGUCAGGUGCUAUGCUGGGCCAUACAGAAAGUGUCCUCAGCAACAACUAUGGUUCUCUCCCACCUUUAGCCCCCUUCUCCAUGGCCAACAACAGCCUCCCUAUUCAGGCAGUGCCCCCAGUUGCCAGCCAGUCGUCAUCUUAUUCCUGCAUGCUCCCUGGCAGCCCGUCAGUGCGAAGUUAUGAUUCAUACACACCCUCCCAGCUCCCCUCUCACAGUCUGAAUGCCAGCAGUGGGACCUCUACUGGGUUGAUCUCUCCGGGAGUGUCAGUUCCUGUACAAGUCCCAGGUGGGGAUGCUGAUCUUGCCCAGUAUUGGCCCCGACUGCAAUGA